AUGUCUCCCCAAGUUGCUGUUCCGGAACUUUUGUGGGCCCAGCGCAGCUCGGCAGCGGAGCCUGAGCGCAACCUGAUUCUGCUCACCAUCAAUGUGCCCAAUCUGACUGAGGAGCACACCAAGUGCGACCUUACCCCUACGGGCCUGCACUUCGAAGCCACUGUUGAGACGGAUUCUUCGCGGGGUAUCGUGGGCCACAAGUACAACUACGAUUUGGAGUUCUACGAUGACAUCGUUCCCGACAAGUCGCAGAAGCAUCUCACUGCUAAGAGCCUCUACCUUGUGCUCCGCAAGGAGAAGGCGCAGGAGGAAUACUGGCCCCGUCUGACGAAGCAGAAGGCCCGUCUCCACAAUGUGAAGACGGACUUUGACAAGUGGGAGGAUGAGGAUGAGCAGACCGAAGACCUCAAUGACCCGGCUAUGGCCGGGGGCUUCGACCCGUCGAUGCUGCAAGGCAUGGGUGGUAUGGGCGGACUGGACCUCCAGUCAAUGAUGGCCCAGAUGGGUGGUUCUGGCAUGGAGGGCCUGAACGACAUGCAGGAAGAGGAUGCAAGUGACGAUGAAGAGCCUGCCAAAAUCUCUGAAGCUUGA